AUGUCUGAAAAAGUGGAGCCAACCAUUUUUCGUGUAUAUGUAGCGCAUAUACCAAAAUCUGAAAACAAUUUCAAGAGUGAGAGUGAUUGUGAGGGGAAAUUAGACCUCAUUUUGAGCUUUGCGACCGAGCAUUAUGACGAAUAUGGAAAAGGCAACGGUGUAUUCAAUCCCACUUGGGAAGUUGAUAGUCAAAGUAUUGAAUACGUGAAAAAGGUCAAGGAAGAUUAUCCAUAUCCGAGGGUGGUUAUAAGCAUAGGAGGUUUUUGCUCUGAAUUUCCAUUCAAUCCAAUUGAAAAAAAUGAUUGGAUCAACAAUGCUGAAAAAUCAAUUAACAAAAUCAUUGAUUUAUAUGACACUGACAAAAAUAUAAUUGAUGGUAUUGAUAUUCAUUAUGAGGCCAUCUAUUCAUCCGAGGAUGAUUUUUCCUUCUGCAUUGGGGAAGUUAUAAGACGACUCAAAAAUAAUAAACUAUCAAUCAAGCUCGUAUCUAUUGCUCCAACAAAAAUCCUCCAAACUUACUAUCACAAAUUGUAUUCGGACAAUAAAGACAUGGUUGACUUUGUUGACUAUCAGUUUCCCAAACAGAGUUUCUCCACCAAACAACAAGUUGUAGACCUCUAUAAAGAACUAGCAUUUGAUUACGCUCCAGCUCUAGUCCUUCCUGAAUUUAGCUUUAAUUGUGACCCUAUACUUCUCGAUGGCAUUAAGGAACUCUUCAUUCUCGAAAUAAUUCCUGGCAAUGUUUACUAG